CCCAAAUUUACAGUUCCAUUUCCCGUAAUGAUCACCUACCUCCCCAGCUUAAUUACUACUUAUACUGACUGAUACUCCAAUUGUCACUCCAGUUUCACUCAGCUAUAGUACCUAGCUACAUUUUCUUGCAUGCCUGCGCAGUCACUUGAUUAUGGCGGCAACCAAGCGAUCUCGAGUUGUUACGACACCGAGCCAGGGGGAGAUCGGGCUGCUCGACAUAGUCCAGCCGAUCGAAUCCUCUCCCGCGCUCUCCCGGGGAAUGCACACAUCUCCCCUGUUCAAUGUCUCCCUGAAAUUGCACCCCCUAACAUCGUCGACGGCCGGAGACUCCAGAUCGGAGGCCAAACGCCUUUCUCGGGGUUUGUUCUUGUUCGGACCCGCCAACGACGACGACGACGACGAGACGGAGAGACUAGAUUUGAAGCGGAAGCAGAGGCAGAGGCGGCGGCCAGGGGAAGGGUACUGUGAGUUUCUGGAAGGGUGUUACUUGUGCCACAAGAAACUCGACCUCUGCCAUGUGUAUAUGUACGGUUACUUGGGUGCAUUUUGCUCUCCCGAGUGCCGGGAGAAUCAGAUUGCAGUGGAUGGGUUUGACCAGCAAGUGUCCAAAGAAUCAUCCGCCAUGGUUAAUUUGUUCAUGCAGAAGGGAUAUCUUGGUGAAUCCGCCAGGGUUAGG